AUUAAUUGUAUCUUGCUCAUUGUUCCUUUUUUAAAUGUAAAAAAGAGACUGAAACGCUUCUUUAAACGCCGGGGAAAGGGCCCUUUAAAUCGAAACGAAUCAAGUAAGCCUUUUAAAUCGAUUCGACACAUGGCGAUGUCAUGAAUCGCGGCCAUCGUAGCAUUUUUUCGAUAUAAAUAAGGAUGCGCAAAGUUUCAUUCUAUCAUCGUUUUCUUUCACCCUUGCAUCUCCAUCUGUGCAAUUCUGAAAACGUGUAAGAAUUUGCAACGCAAAUGUCAAGUGUUUAAACACGGACCUAACCUAAGACAAAAUAACUCGUGUUUACAUGUGUAUUCCUAACCUCUAAUUUGCGCAAAAGUGAUUCGAAGGCAUUUGGUUAUCCGCCACUCGGUGGAGAUUUAAAAAAAAAUUGAUUCAAUAUCGUACUCACAAGAAAGAUGCUGCAAAAGACGAUUCUAGGAUUAAAAUGUACCAUUCGAACAACGCAUCUUCGCUCUCUAUCGAAGCUGUCGGCUAACUUGAAGGAGGAUCCGGGCGACAAGAUGCAAGCCUGGCAGAUACAUUCGUUUAACGGCCUGGAGGAUCUAAAGCUCUCCAACGUCAGGAUACCGAUAAUCACAAAUCCCACUGACGUCUUGGUGAAGAUCGAAGCCGCUAGUGUAAACCCCAUUGACGUUGCGAUGACAGAUGGCUAUGGUAACACUCUCCUAAAUGUCAUGCGCAAAACCAAGAAUUUAGCUUUUGGAAAAUUCGAAGAAUUGGAUUUGCCAUUGACAUUAGGUAGAGACUUCACAGGAGUAGUUGUCUCAAAAGGAUUCUCUGUAGACAACAGGCUCAAGCUAGGCGAGGAAGUUUGGGGAGUGAUUCCAAUUGAACAGCAGGGCUGUCACGCAAAUUAUGUUGUUGUUGACAGUAGCUUAGUUAAUCCACGUCCUCAGAAAUUAUCUUAUAUCGAAGCUGCAAGUAUCUUGUACGCUGGACUGACUGCAUGGUCUGCCCUAUGGAUCACAGGCGGGUUAUGUUACAAAACGACAAUAGUUACAAGACUGAACAGGCGCGUCCUGGUCAUGGGAGGCUCGGGAGGUGUUGGCACUUUGGCUAUACAGUUGCUGAAAGCUUGGAACAUGCAUGUAAUCAGUACAUGUAGUAGCGACGCCGUAGAGAUGCUGCAGAAUUUAGGUGCUGAUGUUGUCAUUGAUUACAAGCAAGAUAAUGCUGAUGCUGAAAUUAUUUCAGAAGGACCAUACGACAUGAUCUUAGACUGCGCGAAUCAGGGGCCAGAGCAUGUCAGAAUAAAGGGAUACCCGCAUGAUACAUACAUAACAUUAAAUUCGCCUCUAUUAAAAAAUGUUGAUCAUCACGGGCUAAUUAUGGGAAUGGUAAGGAACUUUGGAGAUCUUCUAAAGUUUAAUAUUCCAAAGGCGGAAAACAAAAGCUGUGUUAAAUGGGGAUUUUUUAUGCCUUCCCGGAUAGGGAUUAAUUUUCUUCAAAAGCUUGUGGAAAACGAAGAGAUCGUGCCUGUUGUUCAACAGGUGUAUCCUUUCCAAGACUUGCCACAAGCUUAUGAGAGAUUAAAGCAAGGUCAUUUAAGAGGCAAACUAGUCAUUGACAUGAGAUAAUAAACUGAAUUAAAUGACUUCAUAUGUAUAUAUCAAUGUAAUAAUAUAGAUAGAUAUAUAUAUAUCAAUGUAAUGUAUAUAAAAUUAUAUUCUAUACAAAUAUCAUUUAGUAAUAAAUAAUUCUUCUACAUAA